AUGGAUGAUUUGUUGGGAGAAAUUCUUGGUCAAGUACAGGCAACAACAAAAGCUAAACCAGUUGCGAAAGAAUAUAAAAGUGCUAAAAGAAUUGCUGAGGAACGAGAAAUUGCUGAGUAUGAAGCUGAGAGAAAGGAAAGAAGUGAAAGAAAUAAGAUAUUUGAAUUAAAAGCCAAAGAAAGAGCUUUAGAUGCAAGAAUUCGGGAAGCAGUUAAAAAAAAUAAAGGACGUGUAACUGCUAGAAUGUCAAAAGAAUUUGGUAUGGACUUGUUGAUUAUGCAAGAAAGAUACGGUUCUGAUGUUGAUGUUCUUAGAAAGCUUCAAAAUGAAAAAGAGAAAGAUAACUUAACAACAGACUGGCAAUGUGAUAAAUUUGCUCAUGGUGCAUUAAAAGCACAGAAAUUACGUGAACAGUUAAGUAAGAAUAAAAAAAUUACAGCUGCAGCUAAAACAUCCAAAAAAGCUAUUAAUUUCGAUGAAAUGGUUGAAGAUUUGGCAAGUCGUGAAAAACGAAAAAGUGAAGCCAAAAAAGAAGCACAAAAUCAAACAAAGAUAUCACAAGGGCAAAAUUUAUCAUUUAUUGAUAUACUUAAAAAAGCUACACUUAAUAAAUCUGAAAAAGGUGAAACAUCUAAACAAGUAGAAAAGUCAAAUAGAAUUGAUAAAGAAAAAGAAAAAAAAUCAUUGGAUUAUAAAAAAAGUUCUUUAACUUCACAUAGUAAUAAUGAUUCAAAAUAUUCUAAUAAUUUUCAAAAAAUAGAAAAAAAAUAUCCCUCAAAUGAACAAAAAAUAAAAGAUGACAAAAAACAAAGUUAUAAUAUUUCCAAUAAGCUAGAUGAUUAUCGUCAUAAGACUUUAACUAAUAAAGAAGACUAUUCAAGAAAAAUGAAUGAUGAAAAAAUUAAGAGUCAAAUUUCACAUAAUAAAAACAAUAUUAAUACAAUAAAAAAUGUAUCUAAAAUAAUUCCUUCUAUAUCAACAAAUAAUAAACAUUUAAGUAAAACAGAUGGACAUAAAUCUAAUGUGUCAGAUAUUUUUAAACGCCCAUCAGAAAAAAGAAGAGAAAUGAAGGAAUUAGAAAAAAAUUCUUCAAAAUCAUUAAACAAUAAAGGAAAUAAAAAAAGUGACAUUGAAAUGGAUAAGAUUCGUGCAUUACAAGAACGUGAACGUAAAAAACAGGAAAUUUUUAAGGCUAUGAGAGAAGUUGAAAUUCUACGUAAUAAAGAAACAGAAUUAUAUAAUGAUAAAAAAAAGGAUAAAAAAUUGACACCGAAAGAAAAGGGUAACAACUAUAAGAUAGAUAGAAAUUUUGAAAAUGGUCGCAAAAGAUCACACGGAAUGUUUGAUAAACCCAUUCGCAAAAAAAAUAAGAGAUCAUAUGAUGAUAAUUAUGUUGAUGAUUAUGAUUCUGAGGAUAGUUUAGCUGAUUUUAUUGAUGAUGAAUUUGAAGAGGAAGUUCCAGAUCGUAAAACAAUGAAAGAAGCAUUAAGAGGCAUAGCAAAAAAUUAUGACAGAGCACGUUGGAGAGAAAAUGAGAGAAGAAUUAAUGAUCGUGAUAUGAUUUCAUCUUUUAGAGAUAUUGAUAGAGAAGAAAGAAAAUCAUUAAAAAUAGGAUAUCAAGAAGAUUUAGAGGAGGCUAAAAAAGGUUCAGAAGCAUUGUAA